UCCGGUGAAUCCAACAGGGGAAGCGUGUUCAUUGCGCCAUGGAAAUCCCGCCCUUUUCCCGUUUCUCUCUCUCAUCUCACUGCUUUUCCCUUUUCAUUACUUUUUGAUCGAGUAAGGUGAAAAGGAAGGAAGAAUGGAACGUUGAAAUUUAAAAUCUGAUUAAUGAUAUAUAGGAAUUGUAUUUGUAUUAAACUUUACUUGUUCGGAGGGGAAGAAGAAGAGAAGGGUUGCAACUAUAUAUUCUAUUCUGUUAAGCUCCAAAAUCAAAAUUCCCUCUCUAACCUAACCUCCAUCCUCCAUUCAGGUUUUAUGUUUGUCGGAAGAGUUCAAUCAAAUGAGUUUAACCAUGAUAGAUCUGGGGAUUUCCUUUCUGAGGUUGGUCACGAGCCCUGAUGCAUCCAGUGCAUCUAUUUUCGGAUGGCUGAUAACUGGAUCAUUUGGACUAAUGGCUGUGAUAUAUGCUGUUCUCAAGUGGCAGCGAAGGUCCUCAUUAAAUUGGAUUAAAGCUGCAGCAAGAGAAAAGAAGAAAGUUUGGAAAAAGUUUAAAGUUCCGCUAUCGGAGCAUUUGUGGGUGGAAGAUUUUACUUAUAGGGAACAGCCAUCCACUUGUUGUUUCUGCUUGACUUCCCUUUGGCCUUCUCAAAAUUUAGGUACAACAGCCUCACCGCGUACUCCUCUCCAUCGUUGCUCUGUUUGUGGUGUCGCAGCUCAUUUCCUUUGUUCUCAGUUUGCAGCAAAGGAUUGCAAAUGUGUGGCUCAGGCUGGUUUUGGCCAUAUUCGACAUCACUGGUCUGAAAGAUGGGUUGAUGUGGAUGAAAAUCAUGAGAUGUCUGCCUUCUGUUUUUACUGUGACGAGCCAUGUGGUGUUCCGUUUGUUAAAGCUUCUCCUACCUGGGAUUGCCGCUGGUGUCAGCGCCUCAUCCAUGUGAAAUGUCAUAACAAAUUGACUAGAGAUUCUGGUGACUUUUGUGAUUUGGGUCCUUUGAGGCGAAUUAUCCUUUCUCCUCUUUGUGUCAAACAAGUUGACGAAGAUAAACAAGGAGGACGACUAAGUUCUAUUAUAACCUCUUCUGUUAAUGGCCAGAUUAGAAAGCGGCGUAAUCGCAAUAAAAGUUUAGGUGGUUACAAUGCUAAUGGUAAGUCAGAUGGUUCCUCGAUUACUGAUGCAACAUUAUUGGAGUAUGUGUUGAAUGGUCUCCACUGGAAUAAGUUCGGUGAUGAGAAGCUUUUUGAUCUUGUGAAUAAUGGUAGAGUAUUAGGAAAUGGUUUAACUGCUACGCCUAAUCAAAUCAAGAAAUACACACUGGUUGGUUUGCCACAAGAUGCAAGCCCACUUUUGGUCUUCAUCAAUGCCAGGAGUGGUGGGCAGCUUGGGCCUUCUCUUCAUAGGAGAUUGAAUAUGCUACUAAAUCCUGUUCAGAUAUUUGAAUUGAGUGCUUCUCAAGGCCCUGAAGUGGGCUUGGAAUUCUUCAAAAGUGUACGAUAUUUUAAAGUGCUGGUAUGUGGUGGGGAUGGCACUGUUGCAUGGGUCCUUGAUGCUAUAGAAAGACACAAUUUUGAGUCACCUCCUCCUGUGGCAAUUCUUCCCCUUGGCACCGGAAAUGAUUUGUCCAGGGUACUUAACUGGGGAAGAGGCUUCUCUACACUUGAUGGACAAGGCGGAUUGACUAUGCUUUUGCAUGACAUUAGCAAUGCAGCAGUUACUAUGCUAGAUCGCUGGGAAGUAAAAAUCGUAGAAGAAAGUUCUGAAGGAAAAUCAAAUAAAGUGAAAACUAAAUCUAUGAUGAACUAUCUUGGCAUUGGAUGUGAUGCAAAGGUUGCAUAUAAAUUUCAUAUUACUCGAGAAAUAAAUCCUGAAAAGUUUUGUAGUCAGUUUUUGAAUAAAUUGCGAUAUGCAAAAGAAGGCGCAAGGGAUAUUAUGGACAGAACUUGUGCUGACUUGCCAUGGCAAGUGUGGCUUGAAGUUGACGGGAGAGACAUUGAGAUUCCUAAGGAUUCUGAGGGCUUAAUUGUGCUCAAUAUUGGGAGCUAUAUGGGUGGAGUAGAUCUUUGGCAAAAUGGUUAUGAGCAUGAUGAUGAUUUUCGUCUGCAAUCCAUGCAUGAUAAAAUGCUGGAGGUGGUAUGCGUAUGUGGUGCAUGGCACCUAGGAAAACUUCAGGUUGGACUUUCACAAGCAAGAAGGCUUGCUCAAGGUAAAGCCAUCAAGAUACACUGUUCCAGUCCUUUCCCAGUUCAAAUUGAUGGGGAACCGUUUAUCAUACAACCAGGAUACUUGGAAAUAACACAUCGUGGGCAGGCUUUCAUGUCGAGGAGGACUUCUGAAGAUGAGCCUAAAGGACGAGCAUCUGCAAUUAUGACAGAAGUAUUACUAGAUGCGGAGUGCAAGGGCAUUAUUAAUGCAUCUCAGAAGAAAGCUCUUCUUCAAGAGAUGGCCAUCAAUCUUUCAUAAAGAUCCAUCUCUGGUUCAGUUGUCCAUGCAUGGGUUUUUGACUUUUUGCCCUCUAAAUCUAAUCAUUUUUGUAAAAUCUUGGAAAUAGAGAUACAAAGAUCUAUACUCAUCCACGAAGAGUGAAAAGUGUUCGGCGGCGUGGUUAAGGUUUCCGUUUACUGUUGUGUUUGUUGCGUCUAAAUUUAAUCAUUUUUGUAAAAUCUUGAAAAUAGAGAUACAAAGAUCUAUACUCAUCCACGAAGAGUGAAAAGUGUUCGGCGGCGUGGUUAAGGUUUCCGUUUACUGUUGUGUUUGUUGCGUCUAACACCCCAAGCUGUGUAUAUUGUAACCGGGCCAAAUAUAAUUUCAUGAAAUCCUUGUACUUGUACUGUUGUUACCACUGUAAUGAGAUCUUUUCUGGGGAAAAAAAUGUUCAAGAGUGCUCUUAGUGCAUUCAAAAAGUAAAAAAAAAAGUCUUUGAUAUUUAAAA